AUGCAAGAAGGCACCGCCAACAUCUUUGUCAACGACGGCGACAUGCGUAUUACUUCUGCGGAGCGAGCUCAAGAAAGACGAGACUAUUAUGACAAACACAACAUCGGCUGGACUGUUCGACCGAAACAUAACCCCAAACCUUGCCGAUGGAGCAAAGCCGCCCAUUCGAGCAGGCAAGUGCAAGAAAGCCUCCAAUAUGAACCAUGCGUUGAACGCGAGUGCCUGCGUCGAAGACACAUGCACAAAUCUGCCUCCCCGACAUUUUGGGCCUGCAGAGGAAGAGCUUGCGGCUUGUGA